UUGUCAAAAAUUUGAAAGACGAGGCCGUAGAGCGUUAUUAUUAACAAGAGUGGAUUAAAAACAAAAAGGAAAUACUUUCCCCCCUAAGAAAAAUACCAUUAAACGCUACAUAUGUAACGUUAAGUAGCAUAACAACCAAAAAUAUCCUUUGUUUGGAUGGAUGGAUGUAGCAAACUUAAGAUAACCUGGAGUUGAAGCACUUUCCAGACUCAUCUCAACUUAAAAAGUGAAAAGAAUCCAGAUGGAAUAAUAUAAACUAAAGCAGAGCAGUGCAAAUAAAUAAGAAGUCUGCCAUUGGCACAUUGAAGCACUGAAGACACCACAGUCUAACAUACACAAAUGAACAGGAUUGAUAUUUUGUGCAAAGAUAUGACUUUUUAGAUUAACACCAUAAGUUAAACAUUGGUGUGUGUCAGGUCAUUUAUUUAUUCAUAUAAAUGUUCAUUUCUCCUUUUUUUUGGAGAGAUCACUUGUAAAUAAACAUAAUUCACACACAGGGCUCUUCUUUUCAAGGGUCCUGUUUGCCAGAUAGUCACAAAGAGCAGCGCAGUUUUUAUUAGUUUAGUUUCUGCAGCUUUCAGAGAUCAGGGACAAAAAAAUCAUUGUGGAGAAUAUUGGCAACAUGGCCACAGCAAGGACAGCAAAUCCUGCAUCGAUGUUGGCCUUGAACAAAGCAAAUGGACAACUCGGAGAACUAACCAAGCUUGCUGCAGAUCCUCCACAGCCGGUAUUCAGUGGGCAGCAGCUGGCCCCCAAAAGGAGCAGUAUUCCCCAGACUAACAGGGGUAUCAAGUUUGGAGAUGAUUGGAAAAAGUGCCUGGAACUUCCUCCAAAAGACAACCGAAUGAAAACAUCGGAUGUGACCUCAACCAAGGGAAACGAAUUUGAAGACUACUGCCUCAAGAGGGAACUUCUCAUGGGGAUCUUUGAAAUGGGAUGGGAAAAGCCGUCCCCUAUCCAGGAGGAGAGCAUCCCCAUUGCUUUGUCGGGCAGAGAUAUCCUGGCUCGUGCCAAAAAUGGAACAGGAAAAAGUGGAGCCUACCUCAUUCCUCUCUUGGAGAGGAUAGACCUGAGGAAGGAUCACAUUCAAGCCUUAGUUAUAGUGCCCACGAGAGAGUUGGCCCUACAGAUGAGCCAGAUCAGUAUUCAACUCGGUAAGCACCUUGGGGGAGUCAAGGUCAUGGCUACCACCGGGGGCACCAACCUGAGGGAUGACAUCAUGCGCCUCGAUGACACAGUGCAUGUUGUGAUUGCUACGCCGGGAAGAAUACUGGACCUGAUGAAGAAGGGUGUGGCAAAAGUUGAUAAAGCACAGAUGAUGGUGAUGGAUGAGGCAGAUAAGCUCCUUUCUCAAGAUUUUGUUGUCAUCAUCGAAGAGAUUAUCAGCUUCCUCCCGAGAAACCGUCAGAUUAUGCUUUAUUCUGCUACCUUCCCCAUCAGCGUGCAAACAUUCAUGACCAAACACUUACAGAAACCUUACGAGAUCAACCUGAUGGAAGAACUAACCUUGAAGGGCAUCACUCAGUAUUAUGCCUAUGUGACUGAAAGGCAAAAGGUCCACUGCCUCAAUACACUGUUUUCCAGGCUCCAGAUCAAUCAGUCCAUCAUAUUCUGUAACUCCACUCAAAGGGUGGAGCUUCUGGCCAAAAAAAUCACCCAGCUGGGAUACUCGUGCUUCUACAUCCAUGCGAGGAUGAUGCAAGAGUACAGGAACCGCGUGUUCCAUGACUUCAGGAAUGGACUGUGCAGAAACCUGGUCUGUACAGAUCUGUUCACUCGGGGAAUUGACAUCCAGGCGGUCAAUGUAGUCAUCAACUUUGACUUUCCCAAAAGUGCAGAGACCUACUUGCAUCGGAUUGGAAGAUCAGGACGCUUCGGUCACUUCGGUCUAGCCAUAAAUUUGGUGACGUCAGAAGACCGUCUCUCCCUCAAGAGCAUUGAGGACCAGCUGGUCACCGACAUAAAGCCCAUCCCUGGCAACAUUGAUAAGAGCCUUUAUGUGGCGGAGUUUCACUCUGUGGACCCAGAAGAUGACUAUGAUGACCACCACCACCACCAUAAUGGCAGCGAUGAACCCAAAAACAUCAAACUGGCUGCAGUCUGAAUAAAUGUGGAGUAACGAAUGGCAAAUGGCAUGGCAAAUAUUUGGCUCAGGACAGACACCAUGUGAAGAUUUUCUGUUGUCAUUUUUCACUUCGCUUACAGCAGUUGCCAAAUCUGUAUUUGUGUAUCCCCCAUCACCAUUUUCCUCAUUUCAUAUUUCAUCCCUUGACGUGUAAGACUUAAACACAACCUCUUCUCACAGUGGAAGCACUCUUUCAGACAUGAUUGUUGGAUAUGGUAAUAUCAACCAUAUUGUCACUGUCCAACAAAAUGAAAUCUCCACGUUUUGUACAUAUGUCUUUUUAUCAAACAGGGACCAUUUUCAGUUAUUUUUUGUGCACCCUUUUUCCCAAAACUUUUCCCAGAAACCUUAGAUUAAAAAAUGUUUCUUUCUUAACAUCGUAAAAAAAAAUUCAGGAACUUUUUUUCCACACCACCUCUGAAAAUUUAUGGGGAUACAAAGAAUGGAUGUAGUUUUUUUUUUAUUUCAACACUGGGUUUUAUUUGUGUGGCCCAGUGCAAUAUCAUCUAGCACCAGCAGGGGAGCUCUGUGUCCUUGAGAAUGUUCAAUUAAAAAGGGUCAUAACAAAAGGUUAUUCCACAGUGUAAAAGAGACUGGUAAAGGUUUUUCUGUAUGUGCCAAUGCCAUUGCCUGAAAGAAAAAUAAAAAUGACUUGAGCUUUA